AAUAAAUAAAAAAUUAUUUUCACCAAAUUAUCUCCGUGAAGUGAAUGGAAAAAAGUGAAGCUCUGAGUUUCGCUCCCUCCCGUAACCCUUGAUUUGACUUUUGAUUUUCGUACUUAGCUGCUUGCGGUUCCGUCGUCUCCUUCGCAACACCAUCCUCCUCAUCAUACGGUUCGAUACAUUGAAUUUACGAUUCUUAACGUAUUAUUGUUACACUGCCCUAACUAACAACAAUACAAAAAACAGAGCUAAAUCGGAAACGCGAUACACCAACCAUGGUUUCUGGAUUAAUCAACGCAAACCCUGUCAUAUACGAAAAGAAGCAGCGUCAACCUCGCUCUGCUCAAUCCCUUCCCAGUGAUGAAUACAGAGUCGAACCAAUCGACCAGCAAGAGAUUUUUGAUCAUAUAAGAGAUAUCAAGGAUCCUGAACAUCCAUACUCUUUGGAAGAACUCAAGGUCAUAACGGAGGAAGCUGUUGAAGUCAAUGAUCAAAAUAGUUACGUCAGGGUUACGUUUACUCCAACGGUGGAACAUUGUAGUAUGGCAACAAUUAUAGGUCUUUGCUUACGGGUCAAGCUCUUGAGAAGUUUGCCUUCGCGGUACAAGGUGGACAUCAGAGUGGCACCUGGAUCUCAUGCAACUGAAGCUGCAGUUAACAAACAACUAAAUGAUAAAGAGCGUGUAGCUGCUGCACUUGAAAACCCAAACCUUCUGGAUAUGGUUGAUGAAUGCCUUGCACCAUCUUAUGAUUGAAGGGGCUUUCUUUCCUCCCAAUUCUACAAGUCUGUAGGUGCUUUUGUACCUUUGAUAGAAGUUGGUCAGCUUUAUUUGUAUGGUAUUUUUGUUUUAGAUUGCCGUUGACAUAUUUAUCAUGCAACUUGUGCGUACUACAUGUAAUUGUAGCUCAAUAGGAAUACGCAGUUGAAAAAUGUGAUAGCUGAGUGAGGUAUCGAGGUUCUUUGGUUAUUAGAUCUAGUGAAGAAAAGGAAAAUUCUUUUGAAAAAUUGUCAGCUUAUGUUUCAUAGUCAUAGAUUGUAGAGCAUCUGUUCUUGUACCAAGUUUAUACUCAGUUUUGCCUACAUUUCUAUGAUUGUACUGUAUUUUCUCAUAAUUUUAGAAUGAAGUUUAUUUAAAAUAAAA